AUUAAAUCAAUUGUAGCUAUCCAGAAGAAUAUCUCAAAAUCAUUUGUAGCCACCCAUCCAGAUGAAUAUCUCAAUGGAAUUCUCUUCCAUUUACUUAGCUAUUCCUAUGUUUCUAGCACUGUAUAUCUUAACUCAACAUGUCCUUCACAAGCUCCAAAAACUUCCACCAUGUCCAUUUCCAAAUCUUCCAAUAAUUGGUCAUCUUUACUUACUGAAAAAUCCCAUGCACAAGAAUCUCUCAAAGCUCUCGAAAAAACACGGUCCAGUACUCUUUCUCCAGUUUGGCUCCCGAAAAGUCCUUAUCGUUGCUUCUCCAUCAGCAGCCGAAGAAUGUCUAUCCAAAAAUGACAUUAUUUUUGCAAAUCGUCCUCGGCUUAUUGCUGGAAAACACUUUGGUCAAAACUACACUAGCCUUGCCUGGUCAUCCUACGGUGACCAUUGGCGAAACCUUAGACGUAUAGCUUCUACUCAACUCUUAUCAUCAUAUCGCGUGCAAACUUUAUCCGUUUUUAGAACUGAUGAAGUUCAUCUGAUGAUCCAACAUCUAAUUCAGAAGUGCAAGAACAAUGAUUCAUAUCAGAAGGUGGAUAUGAGGAGCAUGUUGUUUGAGGUAACGUUCAAUUCCAUUACGAGGAUGCUUGCUGGUAAAAGAUUUUGCGGAGAAAGAGUUGUGGACUCCGAGGAAGCAACAACGUUUCAGGAGAUUGUCGGAGAGCUAGUGAAAGUACUUGCAAAGUCAAGCAAACAGGAGUUCUUGCCAUUCUUUCGUUGGUUUUCGUUGGAGGGGAUUGAAAAGAUGUGCGAAAAUGCGCAGAGGAAAAGGGACGUUUUCGUGCAAAAUUGGAUAGAAGGAUUUCGACAGAUGAGGUCUAAUAAGAUCGAGGCAAAUAAAGAAAACAGAGAGAGAACCAUGAUAGAGAUCUUGCUAUCACUACAAGAAACAGAUCCUGAGUACUAUACAGAUGAAAUGAUCAGGGGCCUUAUGAUGACACUUUUAACAGCUGCAAGUAACACCUCAGCAGAUACAAUGGAGUGGACAAUGGCACAUUUCCUAAACAACCCAGAAAUCCUAAAAAAGGCAAGGGCUGAAAUUAACAACGUUGUUGGACAACAACAUUUGAUCGAUGAAUCGGAUAUCUCUCAGCUACAUUACCUCAAGUCAACCAUCAUGGAGACACUAAGGAUGCACCCAGCGGUCCCAUUGCUUCUGCCACACGAAUCAUCCAAAGAUUGCACGAUCGGAGGUUUUCAUGUUCCGCGAGAUACAAUGUUACUAGUGAAUGUGUGGGCGAUACAGAACAACGAAAAGAUUUGGGGUGAUCCAGAAGUAUUUAGGCCAGAAAGAUUUGAACAUAUGGAGAUGGGAAAAGACAAUGGGAAUCAGUUCAAGUGCUUGCCUUUUGGGUCAGGGAGAAGGGGAUGUCCUGGUGAAAACUUAGCCAUGCGUAUGAUCGCGUUGGCACUGGGAUCACUUAUUCAGUGCUUUGAAUGGGAAAGAAUUGGUGAUGAGAAAGAAGACAUGAGCGAAUCGGGUGGUUUCACUGCACCUAAAGCUAGACCUUUGGUGGCUAAUUUUCGUCCUCGACCAACAAUUGUGCCUCUUCUUUCUCAAACUUGAUUUGCACCCUUCUGUAGAAAGUAUGAACUUCUAGUACUUUCAUUUUUGUUUAAAUGGAUCGACAUGGUCAGUGAAAAUCAAAUGGCUGGUUGGAGUCGUCCUUUGUGUUUCUCAUAUAAUGUAUUUACUAAAGAUCUAUCUGCUGUACAGUUUAAGGAGUUUUUUUCCUAAUUUUCAUCCCCCUA